CUCGUCCCCGCUCGUUCGGCGCCGCAGAGCUGAGUGCGAGGAGUUACGAACGUACUACAGACCGAGUCCAAACGGACCGACGUAUUGACGGUCCUGGGAGUUGUUCAAAAUGAAUUCUGUUCCUUUCUCUGAGCAUCCGCAGUGUACCGUGCCGUCUCGUCCUCUUCCUUUUCCUGGCCUGAGUGCAGGUGUGCCUCCGUCAGCAGAUGUUGCUUUUGAAUAGACCUAAAGAACUCUGAGCAACUUGUAAAACACUUGCCUUGAUUAGCAGGUAGGUGAAGCGGUACCAGAUCUUCUCUCCCUGACUGCCUGUACCAGGAGCUAACGGUUAGACGUUGUUACGUAACUCUGGAAAGCCAAGAGCAAAAGGGACUGGGGAUGCGGAGCAUCUAGAGACCAGUGUGAUCCCUCUCCACAGGGGAGGAGCAAGGCGGAAGACUUGCCAGACAAGAUCCAAAACCAGUGUGACCUUCAUCUUUCUAAUAAGGUGAUUCUGAAACUUGGAGUAGAGGACUCCUAUCAUGAGCUCUUGAGCUACUCAAUACAGGAGUUGGAAGAUGCAGCAAGCCUAACAGUAAAGACAGAAGAAUCUCCUUAAAGUUGGACAAGCUGAAAUAUCGACCAUGUCUAUUAUGGAUCAUAGCCCCACCACUGGAGUGGUGACUGUUAUUGUUAUUUUGAUUGCUAUUGCAGCUCUUGGUGCCUUGAUACUGGGCUGCUGGUGUUACUUGCGUCUGCAGAGGAUCAGCCAGUCUGAAGAUGAGGAAAGCAUUGUGGGUGAAGGAGAAACCAAAGAGCCCUUUCUUCUGGUGCAGUAUUCUGCUAAAGGACCUUGUGUAGAGAGGAAAGCUAAACUAACUCCAAACGGCACAGAAGUACAUAGCUAACUUGGAGCAACACGUGUAUGGACUAUGAUUAUGAUGUGUGUAACCAGCAGAAGAAUCUAUACUGUGAAGAACCUAGUCACAUGCACGCUACUCAUCAGAAAACACCCUGAGGAUUAAAUAAGCUUUGUUUGCAACUGCAUGCACUGAGAAGUUGCACUUUGCAUCAACUGUGUAUUCCUUUAUGACAGGAACUGACUUACCUGGCAUAAUGUCCAUUGCUGGCAAUGGACACAGGGAUAUAUUGGUGUGAAGAGACUACUAGCAGAUCUUUCUUUGUUACUUGAAUGUUUAGCUGAGCCUAUUUUGAUGGAGCUACUACUGUAAUGUGAACUACUUUACAACUGUGAACAGGCUGCCAGAAGCUUUUUGCUUUGUGUUCCACAGCAUAUGGGAAUAAUACGAUGCAACUGUACAUAACACAAGGGGACUCCUGAAUCACAACUGUAGAUGCGAUUCCAGACCUUCAAAACCAAAUCUGCAGUUAAAGCUUGCUUCUGCUACUAACUUGAGUGCACAGCCAUGAAGUCAGAACUCCUACUCUUAACAGUUGAGCGGACUGAUGCAGAACACCUAUGAAAAGAAGGUAUAAGCCUUCAGUAAAAUGUUGAGGGAGGAAACACAGGAGUGUCAAGAAAUGAAGUGACUUCCUUCAGCUGCAGCUAGGUAGAUUAAGCUUUUGGCUGCUAGAACAGAGUUCUCUAACUAUGUAGCUACUGCAAGGAGGCUGCCAGUUUAAUGGAUUCCAACCUGGGAACUAAUGAUGGACCCUGAACUCUCAGGGGUGGUCCAGAAGGUUUCCAGGAGUUUGAAAUGGCAGUAGAGCAGGCUUUUCCCUUCUAUAGGUCUGCAUGCUGAAACUACAGAAGUGGUUACUUAUUAAAACUGGCAUAAUUGCAACUAGUAUGAAUUUUUCCUAGAACCCCUGUAUGUGUACUUCGCAGUUAGGGUGUAUGUUAACAGCCUGUUGUAAAACAGCAUUUUAGUCCACAAACAGUCAACUAGAGAAUUCAGUUAACGUAUCUUGUAGAUAACACUCUUGAUUUAACUGCACUACCGCAAGAUAAGUUUCAGUCUUUCCUAUAAAAACAAAUGUUAAUAUGGGGAAGGGAGAGAUUGCUGAUCAGUUUGUAAAAGUUUUUAGCUGGCAAAGUCUUUCCAAAUAAAGACAUCCUUUCCAUUUCUUGCUCUGUACUAUAGAUGUAAAAAGAUGUGUUAAACGGAGUUUUGGAACUCAAAGGUUUGGGGUGAGGAGAUGGGGACGGAAAAGGUACAACACUGAGCCACCAGUGACAGCUUACAUAUUCUAAAACUCUUAAGGUAGGCACACAUGCCUUGAGGCCACUGACAUGUUUUCUAUGAUAUUAUAUAUAGCUUCCUUUGCCUACUGAAAUCUUUAAACACUCAGUUGCCUAGGAGAAAAAAGCUACUGUAAAUCUGUUCCCUGAGAUAAGUUACAAACAAUGAAGUCCAAGUUCUUCAGCUCUACAGGAAGCAUUAGAAUUCUUGUACCUGUACAUAUGGAAUAACUAAGUAACUUAGGCCUAGCAAGCUUGCUUGAGAAUUAUAACUAUAUGCAAAACAAUAAUGGCCUAGACAAAAUCUUGACCCUUUCUCCUACAGUAAGAUGUUGUCUUACAUUUUUAGUGCUACAUUUGCCUUUUUUUAAUUGAAGGCUAUAGUUUGAAGCAAAAUUAGUGCUGCCAGUAGCAAAAAGCUCCUGCUAUUGCCUGUUGAGUAGAUUAUGGGGUACAGCUGAUAGAGGGCUGUUUUUACCCUGGCACAUGCCUUUUUAUUUUUAGGAUACUAGUCUCAUGAGACUUGCAUGCAUAGCAAGACCCAUACACUUAAACUACUGUAUUCCAGACCUCUUACAAAGCAAGGAGUAAAGGAUUAAUUCAGUAAGACUUUCUUUAGUUUUCAGUAGAGAACAGUUCACACAUGGCUCUUGCAGGUUUCAAGACAGUCAGAUAACUGGUAUACAAAAGUGAUACAAAGUGCUGAAGUUCUAGAACAGCAUAGUUGUAGCAAGAUGACUAUGUCCACUCAAGUUUACUGACUACACAGAUGAAAUAUCUCUAUUUUAAUUCAGCAAAGAGAAUGCAGUGUAAAGAACAAACUUCAGAAAUCAUGGAAAAGUAUAAAUCAAAGGUCUAACUUCUCUUCUAGCAGCUGUAAGAGAAAGCCAGUGAAAAGUAACUGGUCCUUAGUCAGAGAUGCUUCACACUGCUGCCCCUAAAAAUCAGGAUCUUUAAUUUCAAUGGAUAGGCAUUUGGAAGUUAGUGCAACAGUAAAGUGCAGAAAGUGUUUUCCAUUUUCAUCUUCUCUUUAGAUGGGGGUAUCUAGUAAGUUGAUCAAGUAUACAAAAAUAUUCCAUUUGAUUUUUCUUUUUCUAAAUCAUGUGGGGGAAGAAGUCUUUCUUUAUAAUGAAUUUCAAUAAAAUUUGCAUAAAUACCUACCCGA